UGGGUAUGAAAAGGACGUGGCUGGUAAUGAUGUGGCUCACUUACUGUCCGUCCUCCGCCCGAUCUGCCGCUCCACAGGAGGGAGAGAAGGACUAGAACCAAGCAUGUCGGACCAGUCGGCGUUUGACACGGACGUAUGGACCCUGACCCGGUUCGUCAUCGAGACCGGCCGCCAGGCUAAGGGGGCGACUGGUGAGCUGACCCAGCUCAUUAACGCCAUGCUGACUGCAAUCAAAGCCAUUUCCUCUGCUGUGCGCAAGGCAGGCCUGGCCCACCUGCAGGGCUUGGCGGGCUCAGUGAAUGUGACAGGGGACGACGUGAAGAAGCUGGACGUCCUGUCAAACGACCUGGUCAUCAACAUGCUGCAGGCCUCCUACAGCACCUGCUGCAUGGUGUCCGAGGAGAACAAGGAGCUUAUCAUCACUCCCAAAGACAAGAGGGGAAAGUACGUGGUCUGUUUCGACCCUCUGGAUGGCUCCAGCAACAUCGACUGCUUGGCCUCGAUCGGCACCAUAUUUGCCAUCUACAAACGGGUAUCGGAGGGGGAGCCUACAGAGAAAGAUGCCCUGCAGCAGGGAAACAACAUUGUUUGUGCAGGCUACACCCUGUACGGCAGUGCCACCCUGGUGGCCCUCAGCACCGGCGCUGGCCUCAACUUCUUUAUGUUGGACCCUGCCAUCGGUGAGUUCAUCCUGACUGAGAGGAAUGUGAAGAUCAAGCCGAAGGGAAAGAUCUACAGUCUUAACGAGGGCUACGCCAAGUACUUCCACCCCUCCAUCAACGAAUACCUCAAGCACAAGAAAUACCCAGAGGAUGGCAGCUCUCCUUACGGAGCUCGUUAUGUGGGCUCUAUGGUCUCAGAUGUUCACCGCACCAUUGCCUACGGAGGGAUCUUCAUGUACCCCGCCAAUGAGAAGAGCCCCAAGGGAAAGCUGCGCUUGUUGUACGAGUGCAACCCCAUCGCUUUCCUCAUCGAGCAGGCGGGAGGCCUCGCCACCACCGGCACUCAGAGGGUACUGGACGUACAGCCCGAAACGCUCCACCAGCGGGUGCCCUUCGUAGUCGGCUCCCCUGAUGACGUCAACGAGUACCUGUCCUUUGUCAAGAAGUACCAGUAAAGCUGCAACAGUUAAAAAACACGUUUCAAUUUUCCCAAUAGUUUUAUGAAAGAGGACAGAAAGAGGUUUCCUAAGAUUUUGCAUGAUAAUGAUUGUUUUUUUUUUUGCAAUUGCCACAAAUGUAUGAGUUGUCAGAUCUCCUUUUUUUGUAAGUCUGACAAUUUUAGAAAUAUCUAAUCCUUAUGAAAUAACUGUGCUACACAAUUAUGUUCCUUGAAUAUCAGGAUGUAGAUCAUUUGUGAUAAUCAGAAAACAUCACAGUAACAGUCAUGAGAAGUGUGUCCUCUACGGCUUUCCAUACAUUUCUGCUUGUCCCUGCACCUCUUUUAGAACAAUAUUAGAAUCUCCGCCUUUCAUGUACUUAACUCAGUUAAGUCAGUAAACAUACAUUUUCCAAAACUGAUGAUUAUUGUUUGGUUCAGUCAAAUGUUUUCGAAUGUACAGCAACAUGAUGAGGAAAUAUUGCUUUAAAAAACUAGAGCUAAAUGUUUCAGUAUGUUUUUCUUGGUUUGUGCAACAUGCAUUUACCAUAAGAAGAAACAGGAAUGAAUCCAGUUUCUUAUUCACCAACGAUGUAUUUUUGAAUCUCUGUCACAGAGAAAAGCCACAAUGAAACUCUCAUUUUGAGCAACACCCUGACACAGCUGAGCUGAGUUGCACUUCAGUGAGCUGUUGAUAAAGGUUGUAACUCUUUAAUUUGGCUCAACUAUAUUUUAUCAGCUGAUCCACAAUUCAGGUCACAAUCUGUCUUAUUCCACCUUUAUGAUGCAAACGCUCUGAUCGAUUCCAACAGGUGUUCCCCAGUAGUUUAUUUUGCCAAUGCGGUGUAGAAACUGAACUAAAACUAGAUUAUUUGCAUUCAUAUUCACUCUUUUUAAACAUCAGGGGAAAUAAAAUGCUGCUCAUGAUUGGAACUAAACUGAAAUGUCUCUUGGUGAAACUCAGUCUGACUCUGGAGUUAAAAAAAGUUUUAAAUUUAUCAUCUACUUAAGGGCAACCUAUCAGCGCCCCAGAGACGGAGAAUCAAGGAGGAGCAGGUCAGUAAGCAAUGUAAAACUGUCCUCCUAAUUCAUAAAUCACAAUAUCGAAAAUUAACUCAUAACAACAGUUUCUUAUUUAAAUUACAUUUAUUAAUUUAGCUGACACUUUUUAUGCAAAGCAACUUAUAAUUGCUACAUAUGUCGCAGGUUACACGCCUCCAGAGAAACUAGGGGUUAAGUGUCUUGCUCAGGGACACAUUGGGGGAUGUGCCACAGUGGGGAAUUGAACCCAGAUCUCUCACACCAAAGGCAUGUGUCUUAGCCACUGCUCCAUCACCACAAUUAAACAACUUACAGUAAGGCUCCAAUAGAGAGUGUUAUUAACACACUGUUGUCUGAUCAUACAUGAUAAUAAUGAAGAUAAUGAAUAAUAAUCAGUAUGUGUGCCUGAGCCAAUAAACCAACUAAUAAAAUACAAGUUAAAAAUGUAAUAAACAAGUCCAGACAGA